AUGGCGGAUCACCUGUCAAGAGUUCUAUUGCAAGGAAGCAGCAGCACAGAGGGACAGCUUGCUUCCGUGCCGGAGGAGAGCACCACCGGCUUCACGGAUGCCUUGGGUCCGCCGCCCAACUCCUACCGCGACUCAAUCCGGAGCGUCGGCGUCGUCUGCCCCGAGUGGUGCAUCAGAUCGAGACUCUCCUCCCAGUCCGGUCAAAGCGGGUCGAACUACGACUCCAGCAGCUCUGUUGCCUCCAGGUCCAACAACUCCGGCUACUCCUCCGGCUCCGCGUCCGUGGGCAGAGCAGGCUUGGGUACGAGCGAGCUCACCAAGAUUGCUCACAGAAUGGUCAGCGAUGGGUACACCCAGCGCAUGGUACGAGCAUUUCACAUCACAUCUCUCAUGGAAACAAUUGCCCCGGACCCUACGCUGAAGAAUUGGUUCGUCGAGCUCGAUGUUGACUGGGUUCUCCAAUUACGGCUGCAGCUCCGGCUCCGGCUCCAAAAGGUGACUGCAUAUUGGCGCCAACAAUUGGUCCAGAAGUGGAUCCGAGGUCUCACCAUAAUUGUCGCCAGUAUCAAGGAAGUAAUGCUCGUCCAUGAGGCGCUGGCUGUCGCACGGUUUGGCAAAGCGAGUAUCUCAGCAAUGCUCGUCGUUGUUGACACCAUGCUCAAAGGUAUCGAGGAGGAUAAGCUACAGGUUGCCCUGCACAUGUACAUGUGCGUCUCCAGCACAUCAUACAUGAUUAUGAUGAUGCCCGCUGUCUCUUUGGAAGCCCAACACAUUUUCGAUGAGAUAAGCGUCUUGUUGAAGACAGAAGAGAACGGAUUAACUCAGGCCAUAUCCAGCACCAUGAUGGACAUCAGGUCAAAUUAUUGUGACAACCCGUGGACUAUUGAGAUUGCACGAAGCGGAGGAAGAGUUCACAGAAAUAUUCGGUUCUUGGUGCAUUGCAUACUGUCGAUGAGGAAAGCAUGUGCUUCAACGCUCAACUCUGCACAAAGCCAAAACACUGUAAAGAUUUGUGACGCCAUAGAUGAAACAAUUGAUUAUCUUAAGGAUCAGCUUCUGAGAAAAUCGGAAUGGUUCUUGGAUCCAAGGCUCAGGUCUAUGUUCCUACUCAACAAUUCCUAUUUUGUUGCUCAGGUGAUGUCUCACUCUCACCCAUCGGGAACUAAACUUACACCAGAAUGCGAGAAGUACAUGGAUUUCUAUCUUCAUUUUUCUUGGGGACAUGUGUUGUCCUGCAUACCGAAAUCAAAGUUUCCUGGACUUCUACGUUGUUGGAUCAACACUUCUCCACUAGCUAAAUUCGAGUCAGCAUUUCAUAAAACAUACCAGACUCAGAAGUUCUGGAAGGUUCCGGACCCCCAGCUCAGAGAUGUGCUGCGCAGAGCUAUCAUCAAGAGAGUCAUUUCAGGUUACCGUGACUACCUGAAGGAGCAUCCAGAGCAAGCUGAACAGGUAAGCCGUGGAAGCAGCAGUCCCGAGGUAUUGGAGGAGAUGCUGGGAGACCUAUUUGAAGGAUGA